AUGGCUCCGAAGCAAGAAAUCCUGAAAUCCGAGGUUAUCCUCCAAAAGUACGGCCAUUCACUCGCUGGCAAGACAAUCCUCGUCACAGGUGUAUCCAGCGAUUCAAUCGCAGGUGAACUUGCCCUGCAGUUGAGUAGUGUCGAUCCCGCACUUCUCAUCCUCGUUGCACGAGCCGAAUCCAAGGUUACACCAAUCGUGGAAAAGAUUCGAGCGCGGCACCCGAAUGUUGCAACCCGCUUCCUACAAAUGGACCUGGGAGAUCUGGCCUCUAUUCGGGCCGCUGUAGACAGCCUUAGCGACUUACCCAAGAUUGACCACUUCAUCAGUGUUGCCGGCGUCAUGGUUCCUCCGUAUGGAACCACUAAAGAUGGUUUCGAGACCCAGUUUGGCGUUAACUACCUGGCAAAUUUCUUACUUGUGAAGCUACUCCUGCCCAAGAUCCAAGCUGCAGGACCAUCCUCCUCGAUCAUUAUUGUCGCGAGCUCCGCGGUGAGAAGUGGGCAAGUCAACUUUGAUGAUGUAGGCUAUAAGAAGGGCGAAACGUAUGACCCUCUUGUCGCGUAUGGCCAGUCCAACGCUGCACGGGUCAUGUUCGCCAAAGCCCUAGCCGAGAAACUCGAAGGCCAGAAGAUCAGGGUGUAUAGUAUUGAUCCCGGUGCCGUCCAAUCGGGCCUACAACGCCAUUUCACUCCAGAGCUCACGGAUACGGUUACAUCUCUUGCGAAUGCUGGUCAAAUGCGGGACCUGGAUGGUAAACCGUAUAGCCUACCACCGUGGACUACCAGGUCAGAAGGUGCGGCGACCAUGAUCACCGGCAUGAUAGACCCGUCUAUUACCGAUUCCAAUGGGGCCUUUUUACACAAUAAUGCAGUGGCAGAGGAGGAAUUACACUCCCACAUCAGAAAUCGCGAUAACUGGACGCGUUUGUGGGAGCUGAGUGAGGAAUUGAUUGGGGAGAAGUUCUCUCUGUGA